GACAAUACUGCGGGAAAAGCUAUGCCAAGCUCGUAUCCAUGCUAGGUGUCAGAUGCCGGCAGACGAUAGGGUUGUCCUAUAAAAAUUGGAAAGAAGUCAACCCGACUCUGAAAAAUCAAGUUUGGAAAGACAUACAAGUAAGCUGUUAUUUGUUAGAAUUUUGAUUUGUUUUUCUAUUAAUUCAAAUGUUCACUCUAACCGUGUUUGUUUCCCUUCAAACUAGACGGGGUUCAUUGUGCCGGACUCCUUCAAACAUGAUUGUCUCAUCCUAGCAGGGAAGUUAAUGAAAGACUUCAAGAAUAGGAUGACAAAAGACAUCAUAAUGCCCGCUUUGCAAGAGAAGGAUUUGGGACGACUGGCACAAGUCCCUGAAAAGCACCCCGAGAUCGACGCUACUGAUUGGUGCACUUUUGUUGAAAGUCGACUAACUCCCGAAUUUCAAGUACGCUAAUUAUAUUAACACUAAGAUAAACUCUUAAAUACAAGUACAUGUAUCUAAUGUAUUUUUUUGGCAUUGUAGGAAUUGAGUAAGGUGCAACGUGAACGUUCCUCGAAAAUUCAAUCCAGACAUCGAAGUGGUCGGAGUGGAAUGGUGAACGUACGGGAAGCUGUGGUAAGUAAUGCUUAAAAUUUAAUGUGCUAUAAUGUGCUAUAAAAUUUAAUUGGUACUCAUUUAAUUGUUAUAACGUGAUGUAGAAAAAGGAUCUCGAAGUUGCAGAUCCCCCCGCCACCGUGUUUGGAUUAAAUCUCGCACCAAGAGUCGAAAACUUGUCAUUGAUUACGACAAGGAAAUUGCAGAGAAGAUAGCUCAAUUAGAGGAGAAGCUUAGUCAGGGACAAAUUCAGGUCCAGGGCCAAAACGAUAUCCUGAUGCAGGCGCUCGGGACACCAGAGCAUCCUGGACGUGUCAGGGCUUCUGGGUUCCUGACCAGGGCAUCUAAACUGUUCGGCAGGAAGAAAAGGGAAGUGUCUGAUGUUGUGGCUCGGCAAGCGAAGGAGAUUGAAAAAUUAAAAGCCGAAGUACAAUCCCUUAAGCAGAAGAGAAACGCUGCCGAACAAGAGGAAGAAGGAGAGGUGGCUGGUGAGGCGUAUGUUCCACAACCAUACGCUCCUGAGGAUGAGGUACAACCACAAACUUAUGUUGAGGAGUUUAUUUCCCUCAACGACCAAGGUCUCCUGUACAAUUUCGAUGACCAUGCGGCCCUUAAUCAGCAAGUACAUCUCUGCUCUGACAACAUUGACAACAUUGUGGCCCGAGCGUAUUUGUACGAGCAUGUUGGUAUAAUCAAAGUUCACUGCCAGGACUACGAUGAUUCACAUGCCCGGAUUAUGGUGUCGGAAAUCCUGCAAGAGGACGCUGAAAUCCCAGUCCCAAUUGAAGAGUGCAGAUAUGUUAGGGACGUAUCACAGAUGUUCCUUCCUUGGCCUAAACACUUAAUUCUAACAACCGAGGUAACUUCUCUUAUAAAUUAAUUAUUAAUGAUUAGUGGAGUUUGAAUAUCUUCAAUAUUCAUCCGUAGUGAAGUAGGUUCUGCGAAUAUAUGUGCUGCGGUGGGAUGGAUGAACAAACUACUGUUAUAUAUGUGUUAUUUGUUUAGGGUCCACUCGCUCAACCGCCCUCAAGACGUGAUGCGUCGAAGGGGAAAGCUCCGAUGCUUUCUCCACAAGGCGGUGGUGCACGGGAAGAUGACUUGUUCACGGAAGAGAAGAUGGCGUUGAUCCCUAAUUUGCUAAAAUGGAUGAUUCGUGAAUUCCUGAGGCUCAAAGAUAAACGUGAUAUAAUCACAAUUCCU